AUGGCGUUCGCGCUGCUGCGCCCCGUCGGCGCGCACGUGCUGUACCCGGACGUGCGGCUGCUGAGCGAGGACGAGGAGAACCGCAGCGAGAGCGACGCCUCUGACCAGUCAUUUGGCUGCUGCGAGGGCCUGGAGGCGGCGCGGCGCGGCCCGGGCCCCGGGGGUGGGCGGCGGGCGGGCGGCGGCGCGGGCCCGGUAGUGGUGGUGCGACAGCGACAGGCAGCUAACGCGCGGGAGCGGGACCGCACGCAGAGCGUGAACACGGCCUUCACGGCGCUACGCACGCUCAUCCCCACUGAGCCGGUGGACCGCAAGUUGUCCAAGAUCGAGACCUUGCGCCUGGCGUCCAGCUACAUCGCGCACCUGGCCAACGUGCUGCUGCUGGGCGACGCGGCCGAAGACGGGCAGCCGUGCUUCCGAGCGGCCGGCAGUGCCAAGAGCGCGGCCCCCGCCGCCCCCGACGGCGGCCGACAGCCACGCUCCAUCUGCACCUUCUGCCUCAGCAACCAGCGCAAGGGGGGUGGCCGUCGUGACCUGGGAGGCAGCUGCUUGAAGGUGAGGGGUGUGGCCCCUCUUCGAGUGCCACGGAGAUGAGCCUGGACCCCAGUGACAUUUGCUCCAAGCAGGACCCUGGAGAAGGAGGCCAGAGGCCAGCC